AUGUCCACCCCACCCACCCCCACCCCGUGCCACCGCGCAGCACCCACAGAGCACAGCAAAGUCACCACCACCGCCAGCAUGCUCCAGGCCACUAUCGCAAGGUCCAUUCUAAAAUUCACCGUCGUGACAUCCCUCUUCCAGACGGUGUUCUAUCUCGCGGGGUACGUACCACUUUGCGAGACAUACCCAUUGCUCGUGGUGGCCGUGCUGUCGGGCGUGCUGCUGCGGCUGGUGGGUGGUGGGUGGCUGCCGUUCUUGGGCUUUUUUUGCGGUGUUUUGCGUGUGUGUCUUUGUUGCGGUGGGGCCGGGGACGAGGCCGGAUAUGGUGGUGGCUUGGCCGUGGUGUAG